AUGUCAUUACAAUACGCUGGUGAACAGCUCACAGCCUAUGGUGGUAUCUUUCUUCUUGUCACAGGUGUAACGGGGGAUGCUUUGAAUAUUUUCAUUUUUUUAACUAUACGUAUCUAUCGCACGACUCCCUGCACAUUCUUUUUUCUUGUUGGCUUAACCCACGACAUUGGUCAACUAUUGAUCAGUCUUACCGAGCUUAUUUUUAAAACAGGUUAUGGAAUAGAUCCAACUCGGACGUCAACUUUCUUGUGUAAAUCACGACUGUAUCUUGUAAAUGGUUUUGCCACCGUUUCAUUAAGUUGCUCGUGUUUGGCAGUGAUCGAUCAAUUUCUGGUCACGUCAAGAAGUGCUCGUCUUCGUGGAUGGAGUAACAUAACAUGGGCUUAUCGGCUUGCUCUCGUGGCAUUUAGUAUCGCAUGGCUGACUAGUAUUCCAAUAGCAAUUCAUACCGAGAUUUUACCAACUAUUAGUACGUGUAUCCCCGAUGCUAAUCUUACUGCCUAUCUUCCAUUUGCAAGUCUUCUUACUUUAUCUGCCCUUCCCGUCUCGGUGAUGCUCACUUUUGGCUAUUUAGCUUAUCGAAAUAUUCGUCUGACGACAGCUCUUACGCGACACCGAGUUGACCGUCAAUUGACAAGAAUGAUUUGCAUGCAAGUCAUUCUCAUAGCUGUUUGUCAAAUUCCAUAUGGCAUCUUUAAUGCUUACACCCUACUCACCGCUAACGUCACCAAAGAUGCCGAUCGUCUGGAUAAAGAGCUGUUUGCUUCCAGAAUCGCAGCUCUACUUAAUUAUGGCACUUCCUCUGGAAACUUCUACGUCUUCUUAGUGACAUCCAGUCGAUUUCGUCAAAUAGUGAAGGAUAAAAUCUUCUGGUGGCGACCACAGAAUCAAAUUGGUCCAGUGACAGUCGAAACGACGUGA